AUGCUGGGCAAGCGCGGGUUGUGCCGCCACGACCCGCACGCCGCCUUCGCGCACCGCGGCAAGGAGAAGGUCACGCGGCUCGACGAGCUUUCCCAUGCCUCACGCGCCUUCCCCGCUCCCCUUUCCCCCCAUUCCCCCCCUCCAGCGCGCACGCUGCAGCGCCUCAAGGACGGCGCCAGGGCAGUCUUCACUUCCUCCGCCUCUCCGCCAUCCGCACACGCCCUCCCCGCAACGGCGCCAAUCUACCCCCCAGCCGAACAUCCCGCGCAGUGUCCCGCGCGACCUGCGCCAGUCGAAGAGUUUGCGCCGCAGUAUUUCCCUCCUGCGGCUGCCCCCGCCGCCAGCCCUAGUAUGCUCCGCCAGUGGUGGCAGCCCGCGGCAGUGGGGCAGCAGAGGCGCGCGCAGGGGCAGGCGGAGCGGGCCGGCGCAGGAGGUGGACUGGGGAGCGUAGUCAGCAGCGGAGUCCGCGCAUGCUGUUGUGGGGACGGGGGGAGUUCAGCCGCGCACAAUGGCGGAGCGUGCAUGCGGUGCAGGUACGGCGUGCUCCUUGAGUGUGCGUAG